AAUUAUUCAUCUACAGAAUUUGGUGCUGCAUUUACAUUCGGUGGUGUAGCAUUUUUCACAUUUGGUGUUGUAUGUUUUUUUGAUCGAGCACUAUUAGCUUUGGGUAAUAUUUUAUUUUUAAUUGGUAUAUUUCUAAUCAUUGGACCCCAUAAAACUAUCAAUUUCUUUUUUCACAGACCUAAUAAAAGACGCGGAUCUAUAUGUUUCUUUGGUGGUAUAUUUUUGAUAUUAUUUUUAAAAUGGACUUUUACUGGGUUUAUUAUUGAAUUAUUGGGGGUUUUCAAUUUAUUUGGUGAUUUUUUUAGUGUUAUUAUUCAAUUUCUAAGAUCUUUGCCUGUUAUUGGACCUAUUUUAAAUAGCUCUUCUAUUGCACCGGUUGUAGAUAGAUUAGCAGGAAUUAGAAUACUCCCCGUGUAA